CACGCUGGAGCGGGCGUCACAAUACUAUGAGCUGCCGAGCAGAGAAGGGGAUAUUUGAAUGCUUUGAUGCGCAUCGAGUGGAGCAUUUGUGGAGUAAACUACUUAUUUUUUUAAUAAGGAUACAAAACAACUUAUUGCUGCUCGUGGCUGAUGUAUAUUCGUGAAUGCGUCGGCGUGGUUUGCAUGGAAAACAGUGCAGAGCGGGCUCCGGGCGAUACAAACCAAAGACUCAUCGACAGACUGACACAGUGAUCGUUUAAACAUUCCCACUGCUAACAUAUAGUGCUUUGGGAGAACUGACUAGCACCCUGUAAACGUGUACGAGUCUGGUGAAGGCAGGGGGCUUUGAAUUGUGAGCCUGAAGAGCAGCUCAGUGCGGCUGAGGCAAAGGAAGCAUCACCGAGCGGAGUUAUGGCACCUUAAAAGUUCAGCACAGCGAGAAGCUGCGAUGAACAGGAAGAAGGACAAAGGCUUCGAGAGCCCGCGACCCUUUAAAUUGACCCACCAGGUGGUGUGCAUCAACAACAUCAACUUCCAGAGGAAGUCUGUCAUCGGCUAUGUUGAGCUCACCAUCUUCCCCACCGUGGUCAACCUGAACAGGAUCAAGCUAAACAGUAAACAGUGUCGCAUCUACAGGGUCCGAGUAAACGAUCUCGAAGCCCCGUUCCUCUACAAUGACCCCACUCUGGAAGUGUGCCACCACGAGUCCAAGCAGAGGAACCUCAACUAUUUCUCCAGCGCCUACACUGCCGCAGUGAGCGCCGUGGACCCGGACGCAGGGCACGGCGAGCUGGUCAUCAAAGUGCCCUCUGAGCUCUGGAAACAAGGAGAUGAUCUGAAAGUGUUGAAGGUGUACAUCGACUUUUCUCUGGACCAGCCCAAAGGCGGCCUCCACUUUGUUGUUCCUGAUGUGGAGGGGAGCAUGGCGGAGAGAGGAGCCCACGUGUUCUCCUUUGGGUACCAGAACUCCACGAGAUUCUGGUUCCCUUGCGUGGACUCUUACUCAGAGCUGUGCACAUGGAAGCUGGAGUUCACUGUGGAUGCAUCUAUGGUGGCUGUAUCAUGCGGGGAUCUGGUGGAGACCAUUUACACUCACGACAUGAGAAAGAAGACUUUCCAUUACGUCCUUCCCAUCCCAACAGCAGCUCCCAACAUCUCCCUGGCUGUGGGCCCCUUUGAAAUCCUUGUGGACCCCUACAUGCACGAGGUGACACAUUUCUGCCUGCCGCAGCUGCUCCCUCUUCUCAAACACUCAAUGUCGUACCUGCACGAGAUUUUUGAGUUCUACGAGGAAAUCCUGACGUGCCGCUAUCCUUACUCCUGUUUCAAAACCGUGUUUGUGGACGAGGCCUACGUUCAAGUAUCCUCCUAUGCUUCUAUGAGCAUCUUCAGCACCAACUUGCUCCACAGCGCUAUGAUCAUUGACCAGACUCCCCAGACUCGCCGCUGCCUGGCUCAGGCGUUGGCUCAGCAGUUCUUUGGCUGUUUCAUUUCCAGGAUGUCCUGGUGCUGCCUGCUGAUGAGAGAUUUGCAGCAGAACAAGGCUGUUCUGUCAGUACCAAGAGUCAGAAGUUGGGCCAGUCCUGGCCUGAACAACUGUUUCCUCCAGCGUGAUGGAUCGCUGCGCCGCUCGGCAGCUCUGCCAGUGCGAAAACAUACCUUUUGUUUUUGCCCACAGGAGCUGGACAAGAUUGUGGAGUAUGAGCUGAAAAUGGGAGGAGUCUUGUUGCACCCCACCUUCAGUGGAGGGAAAGAGAAAGACAAUCCAACUCCCCACCUUCACUUCUCCAUUAAACACCCCCACACACUGUCUUGGGAGUAUUACAAGAUGUUCCAGUGUAAGGCCCACCUGGUGAUGAGGCUGAUAGAAAACAGGAUCAGCAUGGAGUUCAUGUUGCAGGUUUUCAACAAGCUCCUGAGUCUGGCCAGUACAGCCUCGUCUCAGAAGUACCAGAGUCACAUGUGGAGCCAGAUGCUUCUGUCCACUCAUGCCUUCCUCAAAUCCAUCUCCAACGUCUCUGGCAAAGACAUAGGCCCCCUCAUCAAACAGUGGGUAGAUCAGAGCAGUGUGGUGAAAUUCUUCGGCAGCUUUGCCUUCAACAGAAAGAGGAACGUGCUGGAGCUGGAGAUCCGUCAGGACUACACAUCAUCUGGAACUCAGAAAUAUGUGGGUCCAAUCAAGGUGACCGUACAAGAGCUGGACGGCUCCUUCAACCACAUGCUGCAGAUAGAAGAGAACAGCCUGAAACACGACAUUCCCUGCCACUCGAAGAGCAGAAGAAACAAGAAAAAGAAGAUCCCUCUGAUGAACGGAGAGGAAGUUGACAUGGAUUUAUCUGCAAUGGAUGCUGACUCUCCCCUCCUGUGGAUCCGAAUCGACCCGGACAUGUCCAUCCUGAGGAAGGUGGAGUUUGAGCAGGCUGACUUCAUGUGGCAGUAUCAGCUGCGCUAUGAGAGGGAUGUUGUUGCACAGGAGGAGGCCAUCUCAGCACUUGAAAAAUUCCCAACUCCUGCCUCCAGGCUGGCUCUGACUGACAUCCUCGAGCAAGAACAGUGUUUCUACAAAGUUCGCAUGCAAGCGUGCUUCUGUUUGGCUAAGAUAGCCAACGCCAUGGUGAGCACAUGGCAGGGGCCACCAGCUAUGAAGUCCCUGUUCACCAGAAUGUUCUGCUGCAAGAGCUGCCCAAACAUCGUCAAGACCAACAACUUCAUCAACUUCCAGAGCUACUUCCUCCAAAAGACGAUGCCGGUUGCCAUGGCGUUACUCCGAGAUGGGCAGAACAUCUGUCCCAAAGACGUCCUCAACUUUAUACUCGAUCUGAUCAAGUAUAACGACAACAGGAAAAACAAGUUUUCCGAUAACUACUACCGAGCAGAUCUGAUCGAGGCCCUUACCAACUCCCUGACUCCCGCCAUGAGCAUCAACAAUGAAGUGCGUACGGUGGACAAUUUAAAUGCUGAUGUCCGUCUCAUCUUGGAGGAGAUCACACGAUUCCUAAAUAUGGAGAAGUUGCUGCCAAGCUUCCGAAACACCAUCACUGUCAGCUGUCUGAGAGCGAUCCGUCAGCUUCAGAAGAACGGCCACAUACCAAGUGACCCGUCGCUCUUUAAGUCCUACGCUCAGUACGGACACUUUGUCGACCUUCGCGUCGCUGCACUGGAAGCUCUGGUGGACUACACUAGAGUGGAGCGGAGUUCAGUGGAGCUGCAGUGGCUGCUCAGCAUGGCUCAGAAUGACCCAGUUCACUACGUCAGACAUAAGAUCCUGGGUAUGCUCUGUAAGAAUCCACCAUUCACCAAGACAACAGACUCGGCUCUGUGUAAUGAAGCGCUGGUCGACCAGCUGUGGAAGUUCAUGAACUCUGGUACGUCCCAUGACUGGCGGCUGCGCUGCGAUGCUGUCAAUCUCUACUACAUGUUGUUUGGUCUGACUCGGCCCUCGUGCCUUCCGCUGCCAGAACUGGGCCUGGUGCUCAACCUGAAGGAGAAGAAAGCAGUGCUUAAUCCCACCAUCAAGCCUGAGCUGGGAGUCGGUGCUGUUAUGGACACGCCUGCCAGCAUAGGCAUCCACGGUGUGGGCAUGAGCUAUGCAACAGUGGACGACGAGCCAGAUCCUGUCUCACUGGGUGUGUGCGGCGUAGGCCAGCCCCCUCAGGGCCUGAAGAGGAAGGCUGACACCCCACUGGGAUCUCCUCCAGAGCCAGGACAGGUGCUGCAGCAGCAGGAUGAUGAUGGAAGGGGAGCACGCUACAAGAUCAGAAAAGGUAACCAGCUCUCUGUGGCAAUGAACAGAUUAUCCAGCAGGGCCUUUGACACCCCAGCUUUAAAUCUGACACUUUCUCGUUCAGGUAAAGAGCCAUCAUCUGUCGAACAGGCUCUGCUGUCCAUGCCUGCCACACCCGCGCCAUCUUUCCCCAAAGAGACCACCUCCUCCUCCUCUAAGCACGGAGGCGACCACGGCCACCAUCACCACCACCAUCACCAUGAGCAUAAGAAGAAGAAGAAGAAGCAUAAGCACAAACACAAGCACAAGCACAAACACGAGAGCAAGGACAAGGAGAAGGACAGAGACCGGGACAACUCGCACACUUACAGCAACAGCCCGGCCAGCGGCAGGUCGCUGCGCUCGCCGUCUCUGUCCGACUGAGCGUCCAGCUGCUGUUGGCGCCGGCUGGGUUAACUGCUUGCAUGUGGCAUGCAGCAGCACACUUGCCUCCGUUGCUUCCAUGUCUGGACUCAGCAUUGAUUCCUCAGUAGUAUUAUGAGACAGGAACUGUAAGCCUCAGAGAGUCCUCGGCACAGACACCAGGGAAACUUCCACUGAGGCUGUGAUGUCAUCCAGGUAAACCCUCCCGAGACCUCCCCGUGUCCUUACACCACACACGUACACCACUUCCAGGCUGUGUGGGGCGUGCAACCACACACCUCUCUCCACAAACAGCCUCAUCCCCACAGCUCAAUCCCAGCAUUCAGCGUCUGCUGAGGGGAGGAGUGUGUUGUGGGUUCUGCAUGGACCGCGUGCAGAGACAUUAAACUGAUGGAUUUCACUGCACUGUACCACUGAAACUCGAGUAGUGUGCGCGCGCGUGUGUUUUAUACUUUGCUUCCUAAUUACAUAUGUUUCUGUAUCCACAGACGCUGUAACUGCAUUAAGCAGCGUUCGUGGCCGGGUUUGCUCUGGCAUCAUGUCUUAGCUUUGAUUAGGUGGUUUUAACCAAUGAGAAGAACAGAAGUCAUUCAGC